UCUCAUUCAUUCUUUUGUUUCAGUCAACAAUGUGGGAAUCUCUUAUGCUUAUCCUGAAUAUUUUCUUGAUAUUCCAGACCUGGACAAGACAAUCGACAAAAUGACCACCAUUAACAUCCUGGCUGUUUGUAAGAUGACACGACUGGUGCUGCCCGGCAUGCUGGAAAGAUCCAAAGGGGUAGUCCUGAACAUCGCCUCUGCUGCUGGGAUGUAUCCAACUCCACUGCUGACUCUUUACUCCGCAACCAAGGCUUUUGUGGAUUUCUUCUCCCGAGGCCUCGAGGCAGAAUACAAGAGCAAGGGCAUCAUUGUGCAGAGUGUUCUACCCUAUUAUGUGGCAACAAAAAUGUCCAAAAUCCGCAAGCCAACCUUUGACAAGCCCAGUCCUGAAACAUACGUCAGAGCUGCCCUGGGCACGGUGGGCCUGCAGUCCCAGACCAACGGGUGCAUACCCCAUGCACUCAUGGGAUGGCUCUUCUCUUUUCUACCUGCAUCUACUGUCAUUAAUAUACUCAUGAAAACAAACAAACAAAUACGGGCUCGUUAUUUGAAAAAGAUGAAGGAGAAUUAA